ACGCUAGCUGCGCCGGGGCUGCGAUCUGCCAGGGACGCCGGCGUCGGGGUCGGGCCGGGGGGCGCGAGCGGCCCGCGGGGCAUCUCCCUCUCUCGCUCCCCACCCCCUCCCUCCCCCACGGUCGGGGGAGGCGGCGUGUCCGGCGGAGGGGCGCGGGGCGCGGGGCAGGGCUGGAGCGCCAUGAGCAGCCCGGAUGCGGGGUACGCCAGUGACGAGCAGAGCCAGCCCCGGAGCGCGCUGCCCGCCGUGAUGGCCGGGCUGGGCCCCUGCCCCUGGGCCGAGUCGCUGAGUCCCCUCGGGGACAUGAAGAUGAAGGGCGAGGCGGCGGCGAGCAGCGGGGCGCCGGCCGGGACGGCGGGCCGAGCCAAGGGCGAGUCUCGCAUCCGGCGGCCGAUGAACGCCUUCAUGGUGUGGGCGAAGGACGAACGCAAGCGCCUGGCGCAGCAGAACCCGGACCUGCACAACGCCGAGCUGAGCAAGAUGCUGGGCAAGUCAUGGAAGGCGCUGACGCUGGCGGAGAAGCGGCCCUUCGUGGAGGAGGCCGAGCGGCUGCGCGUGCAGCACAUGCAGGACCACCCGAACUACAAGUACCGGCCGCGGCGGCGCAAGCAGGUGAAGCGGCUGAAGCGGGUGGAGGGCGGCUUCCUGCACGGCCUCGCCGAGCCGCCGGCGGCCGCGCUGGGCCCCGAGGGCGGCCGCGUGGCCAUGGACGGCCUGGGCCUGCCCUUCCCCGAGCAGGGCUUCCCCGCGGGCCCGCCGCUGCUGCCCCCGCACAUGGGCGGCCACUACCGCGACUGCCAGGCUCUGGGCGCGCCCCCGCUCGACGGCUACCCGUUGCCCACGCCAGACACGUCCCCGCUGGACGGCGUUGAGCCCGACCCCGCCUUCUUCGCCGCGCCGCUGCCUGGGGACUGUCCGGCCGCCGGGCCCUACAGCUACGCGCAGGCCGCGGACUACGCGGGGCCCCCGGAGCCGCCCGCCGCCGGGCCCCUGCACGCCCGGCUCGGCCCGGAGCCCGCGGGCCCCGCGAUGCCGGGCCUCCUGGCGCCCCCCAGCGCCCUGCACAUGUACUACGGCGCGAUGGGCUCGCCGGCGGCGGCCGCGGCGGGCGGCGGGCGCGGCUUCCAGAUGCCACCGCAGCCGCCCCCGCCGGGCCCGGGGCAGCCGUCGCCGCCGCCCGAGGCGCUGCCCUGCCGGGACGGCGCGGACCCAGGCCAGCCGGCCGAGCUCCUCGGGGAGGUGGACCGCACGGAAUUCGAACAGUACCUGCACUUUGUGUGCAAGCCCGAGAUGGGGCUCCCCUACCAGGGACACGACUCCGGCGUGAAUCUGGCGGACAGCCACGGGGCCAUCUCCUCGGUGGUGUCCGACGCCAGCUCCGCGGUGUAUUACUGCAACUACCCCGACGUCUGACGGUCCCUUCCGACCCAGCCUGCAGGCCAGAAGCACAAACAGUGUUACACACUUCCUGGAGGAGCUAAGGAAAUCCUCAGCCUCAUGUCGUGUCAUGUUGUUUUGAAGUUGCCUUGGCGUAUAAUUUAUGGUAAUUUAUUUUGUCUGCCACUCGAACACUUGGGGGGAGAAAAAUGUGAGGUGGUGUUUGAAGAUUGGUUCAGACACUUGUUUCCCACAGUUGCGUUGUCAAAACCCCACUUCCAAGUUCAAGUUCACCAGUUUUCACUGGGUCCCGGAACAACUCGCUCCGUUUCCCGAAGCUUUAUUGAUCUAAGAAAUUUUAUCCCGGGUGUGUUUUUUCGAUCUUAAAAAUAAAUAAA